GUGUUCCAGCAAGUAUCGGCAGGGUCUCAAUUAGUAGUUCAAGAGUGGUAAUUGUCAUGGGUGGUGUUGAAGGUGAGAGUGAGGAAGAGACCGGGUUGGGCGAAGUAAGUGCAAUUUUGGGCGUCUUUGAGGCAAUCGUCGGCGGAGUUUUUGGAGAGGGUGACACUGAUGCGGUUGGUGGAUUCAAUGUGUUUGGUGGAGACUGA